GGUGGCGGCCGGACGGUACCGAGCCGUGCAGGGAGGCUCUCCCAGCGCUCACCGGGAGGGCGGAGGCGGCGGGACCCCGCCGGGGCGGCGGAACGCGGCUGUUCCUUCCCGUUCCCUGGUGGCCGAAGCGCGGAGCGGCGGCCGGAAGUCAGUGAGGUCCCCGCCGGAAGUAGCGUAGCAGCGUGGCGGAAGAAGCCUGAGGAGAGCCGAGCUCUUCCGGAAAGAAGCGAGCGGGGAGAGCCGAGCGUUGCCGGAAAGGGCCGAGCGCCGCCGGAACGAGCCGAGCGUCGCCGGAACGAGCCGAGCGCUGCCGGAACAGGCCGAGCGCCGCCGGAAAGGGCCGAGCGUCGCCCGAGGAGCCCCGAGCGGCGGCCGGAAGCUGCCGAGCGCGGGGCCGGAAGUGGCCGAGCGUUGCCGAGCGGGGGGACGGUGCCGCCGCGGCCUGCGCGGGGGUCGGAGCCGGGAGCGGGGCCGGGGCCGAGGCCGAACCGGGAACCAGGAACCGGGAGCGGGGCCGGGGCUGGAGCCGGGGCCGCCGCCGCCAUGUCGGACUUCGACGAGUUCGAGCGGCAGCUCAACGAGAACAAACAAGAGCGUGACAAGGAGAACCGGCACCGGAAGCGCAGCCACAGCCGCUCCCGCAGCCGGGACCGGAAACGCCGGAGCCGCAGCCGGGACCGGAGGAACCGGGAUCAACGCAGCGUCUCCCGCGACCGCCGGCGGCGCCGGUCGCCCCUGAGCCUUUCGGGACCCCCUGAGGUGAGUCUGGGACGGUCUGUUGGGGGGGGGGGGGCACAAGGGGAUGCUCAGCCCCCCGCCUCACCCCAUUGUGCCCCCCCCCCCACCAGCCGCUCCCCCCGCCACGAGAAAAAGAAGAAGAUCCGCAAGUACUGGGACGUGCCGCCCCCCGGCUUCGAGCACAUCACCCCCAUGCAGUACAAAGCCAUGCAAGCCGCGGGGCAGAUCCCGGCCACGGCGCUGCUGCCCACCAUGACCCCUGACGGUUUGGCCGUCACCCCCACGCCGGUGCCGGUGGUGGGCAGCCAGAUGACGCGGCAGGCCCGGCGCCUCUACGUCGGCAACAUCCCCUUCGGCAUCACCGAGGAAGCCAUGAUGGAUUUCUUCAAUGCCCAGAUGCGGCUGGGGGGGCUGACCCAGGCACCGGGAAACCCCGUCCUGGCCGUGCAGAUCAACCAGGAUAAGAAUUUCGCCUUUUUGGAGUUCCGCUCGGUGGAAACGAAAAACCGAACGCAGGCGAUGGCCUUCGACGGGAUCAUCUUCCAAGGGCAGUCGCUGAAGAUCCGUCGCCCUCACGACUACCAGCCGCUGCCCGGCAUGUCGGAGAAUCCCUCCGUCUACGUGCCGGGCGUCGUCUCCACAGUGGUGCCCGACUCCGCUCACAAGCUUUUCAUUGGGGGUCUCCCCAACUACCUGAAUGAUGACCAGGUGAAGGAGCUGCUGACAUCUUUCGGGCCGCUGAAAGCCUUCAACCUGGUGAAGGACAGCGCCACCGGCCUCUCCAAGGGCUACGCCUUCUGCGAGUACGUCGACAUCAACGUCACCGACCAGGCCAUCGCUGGGCUCAACGGGAUGCAGCUGGGCGACAAGAAGCUGCUGGUGCAGAGGGCCAGCGUGGGGGCCAAGAACGCCACCCUGAGCACGAUAAACCAGACCCCGGUGACGCUGCAGGUGCCCGGGCUGAUGAGCUCGCAGGUGCAGAUGGGCGGCCACCCGACGGAGGUGCUGUGCCUGAUGAACAUGGUGCUGCCCGAGGAGCUGCUGGACGACGAGGAGUACGAGGAGAUCGUGGAGGACGUGCGGGACGAGUGCGGCAAGUACGGCCUCGUCAAAUCCAUCGAGAUCCCCCGGCCCGUCGACGGCGUCGAGGUGCCCGGAUGCGGAAAGAUCUUUGUGGAGUUCACCUCGGUCUUCGACUGCCAGAAGGCGAUGCAGGGCCUGACCGGCCGCAAGUUCGCCAACAGAGUCGUCGUCACCAAGUACUGCGACCCCGACUCCUACCACCGCCGCGACUUCUGGUAG